AUGACCCGCCCCCUGCCCCAGCUCUUGUUUUUUUUACCUCAGAGCCUCCGCCGCCAUUACCGCCCCGAGCGCGCGAGGAGGCGGGGCUGGGCGGGAAAUUCGAGCGCCAUCUUCGCUCUUCGCCGCCUUCAGAAAGGGGCUGCCAUGGAGGCGGCGGAGGCCGUUGGUCGCCUCUCAGACACCCAGGUAUGGGGUGCGGGGCGCUGCGGGUCGGCCCCCUCCGCGCGACCUCCCUCUCCCUAGCAAUGGAAGCGCACCGCGUGUUCCAGAGCGUGUGCAGAGCGCCGUUGCCUUGCCAGGGAGAGGGAGGCAGCGGGGCCCUGCGCUCGUUGCAGCGCGUAGCUUCUCCAGCCUCAGGGAAGAGAGAGGGUGCCCCGGGGCAUGUGUAGAGUGCUGUGCCAUUGUUUAAAAUGCGUGUGAGCGAGAACGCUAGAGUCCUGUUGUUUUUCGUUUUGCAUUUGCGAUGUUUAAAGCUGUUCUGGUUAUGUUAUGUGGAUUCCCUCCAACCACCGCUCGUAAUUUUAAGAAAACAAAUUCAUAGGAUAAACUGUUCCCCUGGUAGGAUAGUAUUUGAGAGAUCUGGGGGUUUUCUCUGGGAGUGGGUGGGGCGCAAGGGGGUGCAAAACGACAAUAUCCUUAAAAAUCAAUUAUUUUAUGAUGCCCUUUCAGUCAUGAUUCCAGUGAGAUAGUCUUAAUUAUCUCAAAGCAAUUGUGUUGUUCAGACGUGCACAGUUUAUCCGACCCUCCCACCAAAUAUAGUUCCAUUUACCGGUAAACUAUCCUUUGCUGCCUGCUUUUUGUGAUUGCAAAAAAUGAGGUUUUUCAAACAGGUGUCAGGCCACAGUGUGUAAUUCCUGUGUGUUGCACAGGCCUCGUGUAAUGCCUAGGUGGGUCAGUGUGUAAGUAUAUGAAGUGCAAGUUUUCUGUUUUGUUUUUCACCAGAGGUUGAAGGCUGCAUGCCAUUAUACGGUCGCUGGCCUUUGUGAAGAAGUUUCACAAGACAAAGAAAUUCAAUUCAGUAAACAAACCAUAGCAGCUAUUUCUGAGAUCACCUUCAGGCAGUGUGGUACGGCAUAUAUUUUACAGAUAUCUUUCUCUCCCGUAGUUUCAUUAGUUUAUUUAUUAUUAAUGUUGCAAUACAUAUAUGAAAUCUUUACAUAUUGAUACAUAUACCAUUAUAUCCAUAAAUUCACAUUUUCACAUUUCAUUAUGUACCAACAUUUAUCCAAUUCUUAUUUCUUGCCCUGUGUCUUCCCUCCACCCGUGCAUUACUUCCUUUUUAUUGUUUUGUAACUUUAUUAUUGAGAUUGUAAUUUUGAUAUUUUACAGAUACCUAUAUUUGUCUGUAGGAGCAAUCAGUAUUUGUGUGUUGUUGCUUUUUUAAAAAAUAUAACUGAAAUUAGAUAUGUAUAGAACUGACUUAAUGAUUCCUUUUUUAAAUUUUCUGGCACUAGAGGGAGUACACAAGAUGAGUUCUGAGAAAUCUGUUGAACAACAGUGCAAAUGUUAACACUGCUGUACAAAGCCAAAUUAACUGUUGCUUUAAAAAUCAUUUUCUUUGUUUCUCGGACUGCGUGUGUUCUGUUGCUUAAGUGAGCUAGGGUAUCUUAGGCACGAUGAAUCACUAAAAAAAAAAGUUUUCUAGUCCUCUUGAGGGUGAAGGAAAGUUUGAAAAAAGUACCGUAUUUUUCGCUCUAUAACACGCACUUGACCAUAACACGCACGUAGUUUUUAGAGGAGGAAAAUCCGUAGGCAUGCCACCCGUAGGCAUUCCCUCCAUAACACGCACAGACAUUUCCCCUUACUUUUUAGGAGGAAAAAAGUGAGUGUUAUGGUGCAAAAAAUACGGUAUUUACAAUGAUGGGUAAUAGCUCAGAAAUCAGAACAGAAGAGAACGAGUCAGGACUUCUACCACCAGACUGAGAUUCUAGCAGUCUCUGAACAGCUUUAGGAGCCAAGCCAAAGUCAGUUGUUAUCUAAGACCAGAUGACAUCCUGUUAGUUCAUAAGGCCAAUAUUUUUUUUGCCCAAAGCUCCUGAUCUUGGUACAGGUUUCUCAGUCCAUUAUGAUAGUCACUUUCCCCUCUUCAGCUAUCUUGUGCCUUGUGACUCCCUGCCCUUAACUUUCUGGAGUGUCUUCCCAUUCUCAUCUUGUGCUCACGAAAUUACUUUGUUUUUAGGGUUGUUGUUAUGUUUUAAUCCCAGCCAAGCAGACACCUUUCCCUUCUGUCACAGAAGCUGAUCUUCAAACAUGCUGGCACCUUUGUUCCAUACUUAGCAGCACAAUACAGUAGAUUAUCAAAUCUCCAACAGGGAGACAUCUUGCUAAGGCUGCAGCCCAACCCUUAAUCCCACUUACUGAGGAGUAGGUCCCAUUGAACUCAGCAAGAUGUGCUUAUGAUGAUACUGGGGACCUGGUGAUGAUAUACGGUACGUUGUGAAACUUUUCCUUAGGCUGAAAGGUGCCUCAUAUGUUAGUAAUAGAUAACUGGCCACUAAAUUUGCUAAAACAAUAAAACUUAACAUUUGCCUUCCAACACUAAAAAGGGAAAAAAUGUUUGAGAUUCCCCCUCCCCUUUGUUUUUCAGAAAUCUUUGCAAAAGACCUUGAAAUGUUUGCUAGGUAAGUAUUGCGGAAAUAUGUGCUACUUAAAACUAGACAUUGUGCUUAUUAAUAUGGUGAGAAAUCUAGAAAAGAUAAGAGGGUACCUCCAGACAGCUAUGUGUUGUGCUGCUUAUCCAUGCGAGUUUUUCAGAGUCCACACAAAGUCGUCAGCAUCAAAAUAUCAACCUGUAUUCUGCCCCAUCCCAUUUAAUUUGCAUUUAUCAUAGAAUUGUAGAGUUGGAAGGGACCACAAGCGUCAUCUAGUCCAACCUCCUGCAAUGCAGGAAUCUUUUUGUCCAACGUGUGGCUGGAGCCCACAACCUGAGAUUUAGUUUAUGCUAUACGAACUGAGCUAUCCAAGAGUUUAGAAAUCAAGCAAACUUGUUGCCAAUGACCUGUUUUCAAUAUCUGAAUGUCCCCUUUGCAAAUUAAGCCCCCAUCUGAAAGUACCCAUAAACCUUUCCUCCCUUCCUGUACCUACUUUUCCCAGAAACCAGCUAAUGUUCACUUUACUAUGCAGCAUUGCUUCAGCAGUUGUGCUCUGUUGGGGCUCUGUUUUAUUUAUUUUGUAGUCUGAAUGCAGGUUAUUGAUUCUAGCCUGUAAGGUUUCUUUCUCUUCCCCACUCACUUACAUUCUUAUGAAGCUUGGUUGAGUGCUUAGCUUAAAAACUGUCUGUAUGUUUCCUCAAUGUGAAUAAUUCUCACGUACCAUCAAUUCUUUGGCAGGCUUUUAAUUUCCCCCCUCCCCAUUUUAGUCUUAGAAUUGCUCUGGAAGCCAGUACAAAGCACAAAAAUGUAUCUUCACAACACAGACAAAUAGUAAAUUGCCUAGAGGAUAAUGAAGCCUUUGUGUUGAGUCUUGCCUCCUAAGAGCAGCCUUGUGGGUGGAUUGUGUUCUGCCUAAAGUAAUUGCAUGCAGGUGUUAUGCCUAACACAGCACACAACUGUUGGAUGGGCUCCUUUUGUUGGCUGUAAAUUGAGCCCCUUCAUGAGCCGGUGAGUAGGUGGUUUGUUUUAAGCUUUUCAGAAGAGUCUGUUGUGUGAGGUGUCUUCCCAUGUGAUAGAACCCACCCCUCCAGUCUGUCAAAUUAGAGCUGUUGGUAAUCUAAAGUGAUUGCCAUUAUGUUCUUUUAUAGAAAGGUUUGACUUCCGGAAGCUGAAAACUUGUUUGCUACUCAUAAGUAAGUGGCUGGUGGAAUUGCUUACUUCUUUGAAGAGGCUGCUUGCUCUAUCAGUGUUCUGGGCUUGUAUCCUUGCAGUUAGGAAGCAUGGCCAGAACAGAGGGUCACAGAAACAGAUACAGUGGUACUUCUGGAUACGAAUGGAGCCCUGUUCACAUCUAGAAGCAAACGUAACUAGUGACGGCAUGUCUGCGCAUGCGCACGUUGCCUUUUGCCACUUCUGCGCAUGCGCGUGGCGUCCUUUUGAGCAUCUGCGCAUGCGCAAGCGGCGAAACCCGGAAGUAACACGCUCCAUUACUUCCAGGUUGCCACAGAGCGCAACUCGAACGCGCUCAACCCGAAGCGCAUUCAACCCAAGGUAUGACUGUAGUGGGAAAGGUUCAAAAUCAUCACAUUCAGACAUCUUUAAAAUAUUAUCUGUGUCCUCUUUCCUUUUUAAUGUGCUUAUUCCUGAGCUGACAGACUUCCUUUUACUGCUCCCUAAGAUUACAUGGAUGGAUAUGGGGCUUUUUUUUCCAGCUGGAACUUGCCGGAACUUGUUUCCGGUACUUUUUAGGUAGGCGCCAUUUCCAUUCUAAGGAAACGAGGGAGGAUUUUAUGGUGAGUUCCGUCACCUCUUUUUCUAGAAAAAUAGCACUGAAUGGAUGACAUUAAAUAAUAUCCUAAGCAUGAAUUUGACAUGCAACUAUCCAAACCUCUUGCUUUUGUUUGACCAAAGCAGGCAGAAAACAGGAGCAGAGCAAAUUUUACUAUAUCUUAGUGUAUUAACGAAUACUUCAAUAGCUGUAUUAAAUUAAUGCUGUUAAUUUUGCACUGAGCCUUUGGAAUAGAGUGAGCUAAGGGACCUACUUAGUCUUGGUACACUGCCUUGGAGCCAGCAGAUAGUAUCAGGUCACUAAUCCCUUUGGCAGAGAGUGCUGUGGACUUCAUUGAAGUCAUCAUUUUAUGGCUGAGUUUGGGAGGUGUUGCUGCGCUAUCUUAACUUUCUAGCCUUGUUCAGACUCGUCAGCAGCACUUUCAAGGCCCUUGUACAUCUCCACCCACACUUUAGCCUUUGACGUACCUGCUGUUGCUCUCCUAGGCCUUGCCCUACUUCACACCUGUCCUGCUGCUAGAAUAUUAUUUGUUAGUUCUCUUUGGAGACCAUCUAACCCAGUGUAUUUUUCUGGGCCUUUUUACUCAUCCAGAUUUUGCAGCUUCCAGCUCUUGUGACCACCUGCUUGUGUGUCUGUCCUGCUGGAUCACUGGAACGUCAAUGAAUUUUUUGGUAGUUGUUGUAGAUAAUGAUGUGUUUGCAUAAUGACCCAGUGUGUGAUUGUGUAAAUCAAGUAGGACUUGAAUGGCUUGUAAAGCACUUGGUCUUCAGCAGCAAGUGGGGUACCUUCAGCCAGUUUUGUUUUAUUAGAUUUUAUAUACACAGUUUGCUGAAGCAACCCCUCCUCUGCCCACCCCCAAACAGUUUUGUCUGAGAGCCCCAAGAAGCUUUGAAAAGCACAGAUAAGAUGCUGUUGCAGUGAAGCCUUCCUGUUUUUCAUCAUAGAAUCAAAAUGGAAUAAAAGGUGCUUCAAUCCAAUUUCUUGUCAACUAAAGAUUAAAUCACAGGGGUUUUCCCCACAAUGCCCUUUCCAGUUUAAAUUGCCAGUGUGUAUAUUCAGAUAUUUAUGUUCCAGCCAUAUGUCUGCCUAUAACCCAGUCCCUCCUGUGGAACAAGAGAGGGAGAUGGCAAGGUUUUAUUACACAGCUGCGGCAGCACACAGAAUCCUCUUAAGCACAUCCCCUGCAUGUAGAAAACUCAGUCUAGAUGUGCUACCUUCUCCCUGAUGUACUUGUUUUCUACAUGCAAUGAUGAUCUGUAGCACUGAUGUUGCUUUGUAGAAUGUGGUUUACCCUCUAUCUGUAGUGUGAAGUUGUAUAACAGGCUAGGAAGGAUACUACCCUGUGACUUGCUAAAAGGGAAGUUGGGGAUGAUAUAAAAUCAGGAUUCCAGCCAGGCCAAACGAGGAACGCAGUGAAGUUACUAGUGUGGCACAGUAUGACCUGGCUGGUUUUUUACCCAGUGACUGUGGAAAAAGCUGGUGAAAGAACCAGCAUUAUAGCAGCAACUAGUUAAGCAGGAAGACAAAGCAGUGCCAGGGGCAGAUCAAUGCAGCCUGAGCCAUACAGGUGGACUCGGCAGCUUCCUAGGCAAGCUCAGUCCAAAGAGCAUUUGUGAUUUCCUGAAGUGGCACAUAAAUAUUGGUUCUUGUGGUGAUCUGAAAAUGGCUGGUUCCCUGUUGGAACCAAUAGUGUGACUGAAUGCUCGCUCUGUGAUAACAGGAUGACUGCCAGCUUAGGGUGGCAAAAAUAUCUGAGCCAGCCCCAGAGAGAUGACAGUAUCGAGAAUCAAGAGCUACACUUGUGGUUCAGAGUUUAUCUGUAGGGUCAGCAAAAGUCAGUGAGUAGAACAGGAGAGUGAUUGGUUGAGGAAGGACAUCAAAAUAAGAUUGCUAAUUCAAGCCAAGGAGUCGCUAAAAGUGUGCUAAAAAAAAUGACCCUAAGGUUGCUGCUUCAUUUACCAGUGAGACGUAACAAGUAAUGUUAACAUUGCCUUGGCUGUCCUUUCCAUAGUUUCACAGUCAAAUAAGCCCUUUCACAGAUAACAUUUUUAAGCUCCGCAAAUUCUCCUGCAAACAGCUUGUGUUUUAGUGAUUUGGUGUUUGUUUUUUUGUUCCCUCUUUACACAGGCAUGCAAAACGAAGUACAGUCAACCUUGAGGAUGUAAAGCUUUUAGCUAGAAGGAGCAAGUCCUUGGUGAGAUGAACCUCUUGUUUUUUUGGCACGUUGUUCAGAAGUCUUGCAGUUUUUUCCUAAGGAUGCCUUCAAACAAAUUAACAUUUGCUGCCGAUGGAGAAACUGCUUUCCUCCGUUAUUGUUCCAUCCCAAAUGUCACCCUUGAAUGUCUGUCUUCUGCUUUUUUCCUCCCCCCCCCCUUUGUCAUGCUUUUCUGAAGUGUAGUGACACAUGCUGGACUAAGGAGCAGCAGUCGUUGCAAGUGGUUCAAAACAGCCAUGAAAUGCAAGGGUGAAGUGUGGCAUUUCUACACAAAGCUCAAAUAUAUAAUGACCGUCUACCGCAGCAAUGAUUGUUGAUACCUCAAUCUUCCUAGUUUUUACUGCAUUAAUUUUGCAGCUGUAGAGAGAGAGAGAACCUUGGUCUUGAUUGAAGCCCUGAUAUGUGUAACAAAGCUUUGUGAUACCUUCUAGUUCUGCAAAAGUUUCCAUUUUGUAGCUCUUCUGUUUGAAGAGUGGUGACUUCCUGGUUAGCAACAGAAUGUCCUGGGUGACUGAAAUUUUCCUGGACCCUUGGACUGAUACGAAAUGUUAGCAGAGAUGAAUGGCUGCUGUCAAAAAUAGCCCUGCUUCUCCUGGUAGCUCAGGGAUGGGGAAACUGAGAAUGAUUUAACCCCCACUCAUCAGCUGAUGAGUGGAGGGUUAUAUCCUACUGCUUUGGUCAUAUGCACCAUUUCCCUGUGGAGUAUUGGUGGGUGUAGCUGACACAAAAUUUAACCCCGCCUAUCGGCUGAUGUCAUCCACCCAUUGGAAUAAUGUAAGCUGAUUGACUUGUGGCUGUGGUUUUGAAAAAUUGCUUGAGGGUCAACUUGGAAUCCAUGGCAGGCCAAGAUUGGUUCAUGGGCCAGAGGUUCAUGUUGCAAGUUUCCCCCCACUUGUAAGGGCAAUCUCAAAGCUUUCAUAUUGUUGCACAUUGCCAAAAGGAGAUACAAAACUGUUGUUGUCAGGGGUAGCUAUCUGUGUGUGUAUGUUCCAUAGCAUCUAGUCCUGGCCAGGGUUUGUUUAUGCAUGAGAAGGGCUGUGUUUUGGAUCUAGGUGUUCUCUGAGAUAUUUAUCUCUUCCUUUGUAAAAAGAGGGAGAAAGAGACAGAGAAAGUAGAAUUUCAGUUUCAAAUGCUGUGUGUUUUUGCUAGCUUUAAGGUAAUCUAGGCAAGCCUUUCCACCCUUCUGCGCAAUAUGCAGCUACAAAGAGAAGGCUGAGGGGGUGCAAAGGGUGCAGCUGAUUUGUGUGUCCUUGAACUAACAGCUGCAGUACGGCUUAAUUGGGCAUAUAAUGUCUUAUCAGGAAGAGCAAGACAGUUGUGCCCCUCUACACUCUUAGAUCACAGCUGUGCUAGUUAAUACCCCCUUGUUUAUACUUGGUUGCUAUUAGUGUUGUUCUAAUUGGUGUGAGAGAGAGAGGGGAGAACAGUCCUGUAUAAGUACAAGAUCCAGAAAAAGAUUCCCUUCUCUUGAUCUAACUUAAUAUAGUCUACUUUGACUUGUGGCAACAGCACUCCAGAGUCUUGGACAGAAGUCUCCUAUUUGCUACCUGACUGCUCAGCUGGAGUUAUUGGGGACUGAACAUGCAGUCUUCUGCAUGAAAAGCAUGUGCUCUUUCACCAACCUGUGGUGAGGAAUGCUCUCACUAGUUGAUACUUUGCCCUAUAGGUGAGAAUAAAAACUAUUUCUUUCUAGCUGAAAUACGUCACUGAGAAGAGUGAAGAAAUUGCUUUGAAUAGCCUGGAAGAAAAAGAGAAAAGGAAAAAGAAAUCGGGCUCUCGGAAAGGGAGAAGAGCCUCUGAUGAACAGGAGGAACAUGUGGUGGCUGAAAGUGAUGAUUCCAAUAUGGCAUGAUUUUCUCUUAUCAAGACUACAUCAUUUUCAGCAGGGAGUAAUGAGAUCCUGGGACUGCCUUAGGAUCUUCAGUUGCUGCUUGCCCUUGGGCAGAAAGGACUCUUGUGGUUUUCAUUAGUAAGUAAGCAAGCACAAUGCAGUUGGUAUGCCAGUUCCAUUUCUUACAGCAGACAUGAAAAAUGGAUGCUUUGAACAUUUGGGAAAGAGAGAUUUUAAGCAAAUGGAAAACAUUGAGAAGUCUUUUCUAUUUCACUUCACUUAAACACAUAAUGCAUUGUAUAAAGGCCAUAGGUCAUAACGUAUUAAAUGUAAUUAAAUGUGAACAACUGCCUUUUUUAUCAGUCCCUGUCUUCAAAGUGGCCAAGCAUUUGCAGAAGAAUUGCUCCCUUUCCUUUCCUUGGCAGCACCCCUGCAAGAGAUUUUUUUUUAACUUCCAAAUUUUGGGACACAUUAAGAGUCGUAUUGCAUCACACCAAAGGUCCAC